AUGAGUCGCCGUAAACCCUCUAAGUCUACUAAUAGUCGUAAAGCCGUUCACCGCGAAAUCAGUCGUAGUUGCAAACUAAAGAAUCGCAAGCAAGAUUUAGACCAAAUUAGGAAGUUUAUUAGUGUUGGCGCCGAGCCAGAGCCGUUAGAGAACCCCAAUAACACGCGGUGUUUAGAGUGUGACCGCGUAAUGGAGAUCAGUACAUUAGAUAAGCAUAGACAAUCUCGAGGACACAAAAGACGCCUCAAAGAGCUAGAGCAGGAUGCAUUGUUGGAAGAAGACCGUCGAAAUGGCUUGUUUUAG